AUGGCUACCUUCGGUGCAGCCUCCGCUGCUAACACGAACCCUAACAAGUCCUUUGAGGUGAUUCAACCCCCGACUGACUCGGUUUCGAGUCUCAACUUCAGUCCUAAGGCAAACUACUUGGUGGCUACUUCGUGGGAUAACCAGGUACGAUGCUGGGAAAUAUCAAGAAAUGCAAGCACCGUUUCCACUGUGCCCAAGGCAUCAAUGUCACAUGACCAGCCGGUCUUAUGUUCUGCGUGGAAGGAUGACGGAACAACUGUUUUCACCGGUGGCUGUGACAAACAAGUAAAGAUGUGGCCUUUACUGUCAGGAGGUCAAGCAACCACUGUCGCUAUGCAUGAUGGGCCAGUUAAAGAGAUAGCUUGGAUUCCCGAAAUGAACCUCUUGGCCUCAGCAAGUUGGGAUAAGACCUUGAGGUACUGGGACACAAGGCAGCAAACUCCAGUGCAUACUCAACAACUCCCAGAGCGCUGUUAUGCCAUGACAGUGCGGUAUCCGCUCAUGGUUGUGGGUACUGCAGACAGGAACAUCGUAGUCUUCAAUUUGCAAAAUCCUCAGGCGGAGUUCAAGAGAAUUCAAUCACCUCUGAAGUAUCAGACUAGAUGUGUAGCAGCAUUUCCGGAUCAGCAAGGGUUUUUGGUUGGUUCCAUAGAAGGCAGAGUUGGUGUUCAUCAUCUGGAUGAUGCACAGAGUGGUAAAAACUUCACUUUUAAGUGCCACAGAGAAGGAAAUGAUAUCUACUCAGUGAACUCCUUGAACUUCCAUCCUGUCCACCAUACGUUUGCAACUGCAGGAUCUGAUGGUGCUUUCAAUUUUUGGGACAAGGACAGCAAACAGAGGCUAAAGGCCAUGUCAAGGUGCAGCCAGCCAAUUCCUUGCGGUGCAUUUAACAAUGAUGGCUCCAUAUAUGCAUAUGCGGUUUGUUAUGACUGGGGCAAAGGUGCUGAGAACCACAACCCCGCAACGGCAAAAACGAACAUCUUUCUGCAUCUACCACAGGAGUCUGAGGUUAAAGGGAAACCCCGUGCCGGAGCAACUAAUAGAAGGUGA